AAAGGGAAAAAGGAAAUUAAGAAAGUCCAGUCCACCUGGAUAUUAAUUAAAAAGCCUCUCUUCUCUUCACACAGCGUUACUUCAUCUUCUUCUCCUCUCCCAAACCCUGCAAAUUAUUCAUUCACAUCACAGAUGUGCCGUUAAUUACACACACAAACACACAUAAUUUGGUGUAUAUACCGGAGCGGCGCCGCCUCCGGAAACCCUAGAUCCACCCCUCAAGAUUUUUGUAGGAUCUCUUUAGGGUUCAAUUAAAACCCAAGCCACCAUGGUUGGCCCUACGCCGCCGCUGCCGCAAUUGCAAACUCAGCCACCGGCACCUUCAUCAGCUGAAGAUGAAGCUCUCAAGAGAAACACCGAUUGUGUCUAUUUUCUCGCUUCUCCUCUCACUUGCAAAAAGGGAAGCGAGUGUGAGUACCGCCAUAGUGACAUGGCUCGGCUUAAUCCAAGGGAUUGCUGGUACUGGUUGAACGGAAACUGCUUAAACCCGAAGUGUGCAUUCCGGCAUCCUCCUCUUGAUGGAUUUUUGGAAGCUCAAGCUCCAACUGUUAUAGGAUCUUCUGUAGCUCCAGUGGUGUCUGUUGCACCUAUGCCACAGGUUCCUUAUGCUUCUAGUAAACAAGGCGUGCCCUGCGUAUUCUUCCAGAGAGGGAUUUGUUCAAAAGGUGAUAACUGUGCAUUCAUGCAUGCACCGAACUCCAUUUCUAGCAAACCUUUACAACCUCCAGUGUCUACUGCAUCUAGUGAAACUCCAACUGCUAAGAAUGCAUUUGGUGGGGUUCAAAAUGCUGUGCAUGGGAAGAAACUUUCGCAAACUAAUCAUCCGAAGCCCAGUGUACUACCUAAACCAGUUUGGAAACUGGAAAAUCAUCUGACUAAGAAAGAGAAUACUUUUGAUGAGAAGGUACUGCCACCAAAUUCUGUCAUAAACAGAGAGAGUACCAGGUACAAGCCAAGUAUGCCUGCAACCAAUGGCAAUUCGCUCAGUGGCCCCAACAGGGUGCAGCAGCCCAUUGGCCUUGAUGAUCACAGCAGCAUGCAGAACAAGGAUGAUGAAAUUUCAAGAGAGCCUUCUCCUGGUUUUGAUGUUCUUGUGGACGAUGAGCUAAGAGGUUCAGAUUAUUAUCAUGAUGAAGAUCAGUAUGGUGGAACAAGGAGCAAUGGGGGGAGAAAUGAAUAUGACAUGGGCGAUUCUGCUGAUUAUGAUUCAGUGGCAGAUAUUGACCGAGAUAUGUACCGUGAUGGGCAUGGAUAUGACUCAUAUGACAGGCUACAGAGUCGGUAUGCUUGGGAGCAGCCUAUAGCUUCUUCUGAGAGAAUACCAGGGGGGUCAGCUCAUCUUGAAAGGAGACGAUAUGGUACAGUAGAUAGACCUGAACAAGUUAAAAUGUCAGAUCUGAGACAUCGGUUGUCGAAGCAUAGGAGAGGUAAUGGUUUGAAAUCUGUCAUUGGUCAUGACUUUUCAAGUGAAAAGAAUGUUGAGGAUCGAGCCAACAAGAGUUCUAGGAGGGAUGCACACUAUGUACCUUCACAUGAUAGUUCUCUUAGUGGUCGCCUUCGAGGAAGAAUAAAGCUUCCAGUUAGGUCAUCUUCUCCGACUGACAGGGCUGAAUUACCGUUGAAUAGGGAAAUGGAUAGGGCAAGAUAUCGUGGUAGGUUGUCUUCAGAAAGGCCACAGCUGUCCUCUUACCAAGGAAGGCUUCAAGACAGAAUAAAGGGAAGAGUGCAAGAGGAUCUCAGUAAUGGUGACAGAAAUAACAGAGGUCCUCGUCUAAGAAGAGAUAUAAUAAAUGACAAUAAUUCCUACUUUGUGCGUCCUAAAAGUCUUGUUGAACUUAAAGGUAGGAAAACUGCGGAGAGCAAUGAGCAAAAUCUCAAUGAGCAACAACACCUGGGGAAGCGCAAGUUCCAAAAGCUUGAUAGUGGGGAGGAUCAAUCAUUUGAAGGACCAAUGUCUCUGCAAGAGAUUCUGAAGAGGAAAAGAGGGGGUGGAGCUGGUAUGACAUCUGGUGGGAGCGAAGACUAUGAACAUGAAAGAAAAGGCCAGACAGUGAUGACUAUUGGGAAUGUGGUGGACUUUCCUUCUGCUAUCAUCAAAAAUGGGUCUGGCCUUUCUAUUCAGCAGGAGGAAGAAUCUAAGCUUGCUGCAGAUCACCAGUCUCCUUUGUGCCGCAGUGCAAAUGAACUUGAAGCUGAAGAAGAGAUGAUUAUGGAAGGCUCAGAUGCUCAAGGCCACGGCGAAGGCUAUAAUCAGGUAGAUGGCGAUGAUGACUAUGAGCCGGUUGAGGGUGAAGAUUUCCCAUUAGAGGAAGGUGAGAACGGUGACCUUGAUGACGAAUACCUGGAUGAUGAUGAUGAUGAUGAUGAUGAUGAUGGAGAUGACUUUGCAAAGAAGCUGGGUGUUGUUUCCUCAUAAAUGUCGGGACGUUCGUUUUCUAUACAUCUGUGAGCUCUUUUAGGUUGUUUAAUGAGCAAAUUUAACUCUGCUGGUUUUGAUUUUACAAGUAGAGAGAGUUCUAUUUUCUUACUCUGUGUACUAUUAGAAACUUUUUUUCAUUUAUUUAAAACCCUCUGACUGGAUGGAUAAUUUUCCACCAGUUAGUGGCUCGGGGCAGCUUUAUCAUUCAGGUUUGCCCAAAAGGGUCAUGACUGUAACUUUAGAGUGUUAAACAGAAAGUAUCUUUGCUAUUUC